AAGAGAAAAAAUGCUAACUCCAACCACACGUACGUACAUGGUUCUAUUUUUUCUCGACAACAAUCAAAUAGAGAGGUCUACCUCGUAGACAUCUUAAUUUAAAUUCCAAUCUCCAUAUUUUACGAGAGAAAAAUCGAUAUACGUCUCAUGAAUUCACAAUGUUGACAUCAUGGUUUCUUAACGUUUUCUUCCUCGUCUUAGCCUUUGUCCCGCUCAUAUUAUCGGCACCAGCAACAAGUUUAACGAAAGACUAUUACCAAAAAACAUGUCCCGAUUUCAGUAAAAUCGUUCGUGAAACAGUUACAACAAAGCAAGCUCAACAGCCAACGACAGCUGCUGGAACGCUCCGUGUCUUUUUUCACGAUUGCUUCUUAGAAGGAUGCGAUGCGUCGGUACUAGUCGCUACAAAUUCUUUCAACAAAGCUGAACGCGACGAUGAGCUCAACGAGUCGCUUCCAGGAGACGCGUUUGAUAUCGUGACGCGCAUUAAGACCGCUCUUGAAUUGUCUUGUCCUGGUGUGGUGUCAUGCGCAGACAUCCUGGCUCAGUCCACGCGUGACCUUAUCACAAUUGUUGGUGGACCUUUCUAUGAAGUCAAAUUAGGUCGUAAAGAUGGGUUUGAAUCGAAAGCCCAUAAAGUUCAUGGAAACAUACCAAUAGCAAAUCACACGGUACACGACAUGAUGUCGAUAUUCAAAAAGAAUGGUUUCUCUCUAAAGGAAAUGGUUGCACUUAGCGGCGGGCACACUGUGGGAUUCGCUCACUGCAUAGAAUUCAGCAGCCGGUUAUUUGGACCACGGGCUGAUCCAGAGCUCGAUUCGCGAUACGCAGACCGUCUUAAAGAUCUAUGCAAGGAUCACACGGUAAAUAAGUCGAUGGCGGCAUUUCUCGACCCGAUAACGCCAGGAAAAUUCGAUAAUAUGUACUUCAAGAACUUGAAAAGAGGUCUUGGACUGCUAGCUUCCGACCACGCCUUGUUCAAAGACAAUGGCACGAGACCGUUUGUGGAUUUAUAUGCGGAUAACCAGACGGCUUUCUUCGACGAUUUUGCUCGUGCCAUGGAAAAACUAGGCAUGGUCGGCGUUAAAGGCGAUAACGAUGGAGAAGUGAGACGCAAAUGUGAUCACUUUAACAAACUUGACGUAUAAUUAACAUCAGGCGAUGAUUAAAAGUGAGUUUGGUUUUUGUUUAUAAUGCAUUUUUUGUCAGUAGUAAAUUAUCGUAACAAUUUCCAGAGUGUAAUUUAUAUGUUUUAUUCUCCUAAAUUUUGAAUUAAUGUAUGUUAUAUAAAAUGUAUCAGUUAAUACUUACGGAAGAUAAUUUUUUUUUUUUGAACACUCUUACGGAAGCGAAUAAAACUUUAGUUCUGGACUUAUUUCACCGUAUAACUUUCAAAUUAUCUCAUAAGGUGGUGACAGUGUCACCAUCAAGUUUUGUUGGUCUUGGGCCAAGCUUCGACGAAUAAAACCCAACCCGUUAUAAGCAGUUUUUCUUUUGUUUUUCGAAGAGGGAGGUUUGGUAUAGCUAAAGUGAAAUCGAGAUUGGGAGUCUCAGUCUCUGGUCUUGUGCCUGUGAGGCUUGAAGAAUCCGACAACAAUCGUUCAUAGCUCGGACAUCUUUGAACUUUGAUCCACAUUCUGAUAACAAUUUGGAUUCAAAAAUUAUAUUAAUAAGAGAAUCCCAUUUUGAUCCCAAUGAACUUUUGGUUAAGUUUUUGGAAAUUUGAUACCUUACUGAAUGAAAUGCCUAGACCCGAUGCAUUUGCCUUGAAAUGGACCCGAUCUUCACUGUUAUACACACAUCCCAAUUUUAUUUCAUUUUAAUACAAUGUACAUGAUUUUGUAUUAAACUAACAACAUAAAACAAAUGCUAAGUUUCUUAUAUGAUGCAAAUAUAGAAAGCUGCCUUAAAUAUAUAAUGUUUAAUCGAUAUAUGAGUUGGUAUAUCCACAUUUAAAAAUUAAAAUUCUUCUAGAUUUGUCUUGUUGAAUAGAUUAAGAGGGAGUUAUUGGAAGAUGAAUUUGUAUAGAGUUUGUGAAUUUUAAGAGUUGACUGAUUUAAAACAGUUAUGUGGAUUGCGAAAUUUAUAUAUAUUGACUUUUAGGGGUUAUUGGUUGUUGUAUUUUAAUGGAUUUGAAAAUCCGA